AUGGCACCUGGUACCGGUGGUGGAGAUGAUUACGCUUCACUAAACCCACUUAUAGCUUAUAUUGUCCAGGGUGUACUGCAGUUUCUACCUAGCCUCCAGCGCAACUCGAUACCGGAUCGUAAAUAUGUUUGCGACAUUGCCAAGGCUUACUUAUGAAUUGAAUUGAGCUCCUCAUUUUCUCCACCCGUGCUUGUAAUGACGAGUCUAAAGAAGCGGCGCAUCAUCCUCCGAAUUCUCCUUGUUAAGCUAUUAUUGUUGGUUCUUAUUUAUAUACCAAAACUUAAAAAAACAGUCGCCAAAGUGAAUCACUCGGGACCGCUACUCCAGCGCGGCAUCUCCGAGUGUCUAUCUGAGUCAAUCGCCACCAACACGGAUUCCUUUGACUACGUCUACGGAACCGGCAGUUCUGCUGUUGGAGGGCCUGUUAGCCGCCUUGCUCCGGCCUUGGCCGCUUCGCUCCUUCAGAAUCGGGGCAAGCCUACUCACCAUCCGUCAACGUCUUAG